CACAGUCGUACGACUGGCCAAGUCAGGGUCACACGUGUUUAUCGUUGCUUGAUAACAUAUUAGUGAAUUUAAUAAAAUGGGGCCCAUGAAUUUAAUGUCUAUGAGUACAAGUGACUUAAAUGUAUUCUUGGAUAGUUUCGAUCAUGUAUUUUCCGACUGUGAUGGUGUAAUUUGGGCGAAGAAACCUUUACCAGGGUCAGGUGAGUUCUUUGAACGAAUGCAACAGUUGGGAAAGACCGUACACUUCGUUUCUAAUAACAGCAUGAGAACACAAGAGAACUAUGAAAAUUUAUUUGCAGCUGCCAAUAUAAGUCAAGGAUUUGAGAAACUAACAAUACCAUCUACCGCUAUAGCAGAGUACUUGAAAGCGAUAAACUUUAGUAAAACAGUUUUCUGUGUAACUUGCCCAGAGACAAUGAAUGUGUUACAAUCUUAUGGAUUCACGUGCAAAUAUGGCCCCGAAGUUGGUUUGGACCUCUACACAAACUACAAUAAAUAUUUGGAAGACGAUACCGAAGUGGGUGCUGUGGUAUUCGACAGCGACUUCAAUGUGAACCUGCCUAAGAUGUACCAAGCUAUCACGUACCUGACUAGGCCUGACGUGCUUUUUAUCAGUGGAGCGACAGAUCGACAUGUACCUUUGAUCCCGGGAAGGGUUUUAUUAGGUACGGGAAUAUUUACUGACAUCGUAAGUGAAGAGGCAAAUCGCAAGCCAACUCAGCUCGCUAAACCUGGAAAAUUAUUCGGGGAAUUUGCAAUGAAACGCGCGGGCGUCACUGAUCCGAGUCGAGUACUUUUUAUUGGAGAUAUGAUCGAACAAGAUAUUGGUUUGGGCAAAGCGACCGGUUUCAAAACUUUGUUAGUGUUAACAAACAACACAUAUGAAGACAUGAAAGCACAUAAGAGCUUGAAACCUGAUUUCUAUGCAGAUUCUUUGGGCAGUUUAGUUCCAGUACUUAAUAAAGUGUGUUUAAAUGGAAAUUAUGAUGGUUAAAAAAGUGGGACAUUUUUUACUAUAAGCAUGAAAGUUAAAAAUUUCACUCACAAAGCUUAUGAUGGUACCUAUGGGUUAUUUCGAGAAAGCUUUAAUUAGUGAAUUGUUUGUGAUUAGAUUCGUCAGCUAUAUUUUUAUGUUUAUAUUUGUACCUCUUAGUUGUGCAUAUCUUUCCUGA